UAUUUUACAAGAACAGCACUAAAGAUGCUGUGUGCAUUUCCGCAUUUUUAGCUUUUACUUGCUAGCAUGUCUAAAAAGCGUAAGUAGUUAUUAACAUAAUGGAUUGUAGGAUGUCCUCAACAAGCAGCUCAAACUCGAGCUUGUAAUAUUUAAAAAAGAUAACCUCCUUACACUAGAAAAGGGGAAGUUGUGUAGUUAGGAACAGAGUUUGAUUACACUGCAAUCGUCCUAGUUCUACAUGCUUCUGUGAAUCUGUUGUCUUUACUUGAAACUGGCUGUGUUUUGUAUUUCCUCAUUCUCCAGAAGGCGUUGUAGGUGUCUCUUAUUCUCUUCAAAAAGCAGAAUUCCAGCUCACACACAGCUUAAUCACAUCACAAAGCUGCACAGUGAAAACAGAAAUGUUUGCAGCAGCAAGGACUUGGACUGAGCCAAUUGUGGCUGGGGCACAGAUUGCCAGUGCACUCUAUGACACUGGACUCCUGAUGGUGGUUAAGGAUCACUGCAAUAUGACAAACUCAUCUUCCUUACAGAACAAUAGUGAGAAUAGUGAAGAGGAACAGCAAAAACGUAUUUCCAAUUUCUACAUGAUCUACAACUUGGUGCUUGGUCUGACACCUCUGCUCUCUGCCUUUCUCAUAGCUAGGCUUGGGGACAAGAAAAAUAAAAAAAUAACCAUAUGUGGACCCCUGGUAGGUUACUUAGUUUCUAGGUCACUACUACUGUUUGUGAUUAUGCUGAACUGGCCCAUUGAAGUGAUGUUUGGUGCUGCUGCCCUCAAUGGUUUAACUGGUGGGUUUUCAACCUACUGGGCUGGGGUCAUGGCAUUGGCCUCAAAAGGUUCUUCAGAGCAGCGGAGGGCAGUACGUCUCAGUACAAUUGAACUUACAUAUGGAGUGUCUGGCUUCAUUGGAAGUAUGGCAUCAGGACACUUAUUUGUCAAAGUAACAAUUUAUAAGCACUCGGGCAGUGUUUUGGCAAUACUCAGCACUGUCUUAUAUGCUUUCUGUGUUUUUUACAGCUUGAUUGUUCUUAAAGUUCCACAAGAGACAAACGAACCAAUACUCCAUGCACAAGAUCCACCUCGUGGGAGAGUGAAUCCAAAUCUGCAGCAUGAAAAUAAAGCUCCCAAUAAUUUUCUGAGAAACAGUCAGUCAGAAAGGACCCCACUAUUACAUGGAAGAGAAGAAAAUACAUUGGCAUCUGUUAAUACUGAACCUGUUGAAAACGUGGUUGCUGUAGAUAAAGCCAUCAUUUUUCUUUUGUUUGCUGCUGCAAUCCUGUAUGAUUUAGCAGUUGCUGGAGGAGUUGACGUGCUGCCAAUGUUUUUAAUAAAAGAACCAUUAAAAUGGGGUCCAGAAGAAAUAGGUUAUGGUAAUGCAACAGGAUAUGUGCUUUUUGUAACCAGCUUUCUGGGAGUUUACAUUUUUUCCAAGUAUUUAAGAGAAUCUACAAUGAUAAUGAUCGGAAUGUUGUCCUUUUCUGGUGGCAUGCUAAUAAUGGCUUUUGUUCAGUGGACGUUCAUGUACUAUAUUGCUCGCCUUGUGAUGUUGUUUGCACUGAUUCCUCUACCAGUUAUCAGAUCUGUGAUAUCUAAACAAAUCCAAGGAUCUUCUUAUGGCAAGGUAUUUGUCAUCCUACAGAUGUGUUUGGCAAUUACUGGUGUAAUUGCAUCAUUAACAUUCAUCAGGAUUUAUCAGGCCGCACUAGACUGGUUCAGUGGUUUCUGUUUCAUUUUGUCUGUCAUCAUCAGUUUCCUUAGCAUCAUUCCUGUAAGCAUCGUACAUUAUAGAGGGUUUUGAACAGAAACUGACAUCAAUCCUGGCUCAGCAAAGUGAAAAUCGAUCCCAGGAACCUAAAAAGACAAGGAUCACAACUGAGGCAUUUGUCAUGCAGUUGCUAGUAUGGAACUAGUAACUGUUUUGAAAGGGAACAGAGCCUUACCUCUUGUUAUCUCAGUGCACUGAAAACAAUAUUAAAACAAUGACACAGAGGACUGUAGUUUUGAUAGGGCUGUUGCGCAAGGUCUGAAAUGUAGGACUUUUUGUACAUAAUUUUUUUUGUAUUCUCCCCAUUGUACAGCUUUGAAGUUUGAGACAUCAUUUCAAGAUAUAUGAUAAAGUACAGCUGUGGUUAAUAUUACAGGGCACAACCAAGUUUUACUUCUACUGUCAUUUUGCUGUUGUCUUAGAAACUUAGGUUGAAAUAUUUUAACUGUAUACACCGCAAAAUUGUUUAGAGGUUAUAAUUAACUUACACUGGUGAAUUCAUGACAGUACUGUUGAUAAUAAGACUGGAAAUCCUAUAUGAUGCAGAGCUUCAUACUGUGUUUCAGACAAUAUGCCAGUGCACAGCAUUGGGAAAAUCCACCUCCGUCUUCACUACUGAUGUACAUGUGCAGCUAUGGCUAAGUAGGGUCUCACAGUACAAAAAAUGCCAGAAACAUGGCUCCAUACCAGUGUAUCACAGAACAUAGAGCAACUUUUCUACCAGUGCAUUUUGUUGACUGUAGUGCAGUAACCCAAUCAGAAUACCUGUGGCUUUGAAACCAUUGUCACAGUCCAUCAGUAAAUAGGCUAAUAAAGAACUCAAGGCACCAGCAACAACAUGAGCAGUAAUAUUGUAUUAUACAUUCAUCCAUUGAGGUAUAGAUGUUUUCUUAACUAGUUAGUAAUGACUGAAGAAGAAAAAUGAAAACAUAACAUUUACAGAUAAGUUUGUAUUUGUUAAUAUCAGUUAUGUUGUAGACUAUUUAUAAGAGAGCUGUCAAUUUUGUUGCAACAGAGGAAGCAACACUCUGCCUUUCUUUCACACACACAAACACACAUUUGAGGGGCUGUGCAGCCACUCUGGCAUCCUAAACAUCCAAUUUCCAAACCUAAAAAUCAUAGAGCUGCACAAGGAUAUCACUUCAACAAUGGUUUGUUUAGGACAACAACCUUCCACUUCACAAGAAAGUUAUGACUUCUCAUCCAUAUAUGGAACUGGCCUUCCUCUCACUAAACUUAAACCUGCUGACGCCUAAAUGUAGUCAGAGAGAGAAGGAUGCUGUUGAUGCAUUCUUGUCUUUUAUGCAAGGUGUUAAACUAUGCUGAGGCUGCCCCUACUGCUGUACACACAGUGCUUGUAAAGACCAGGUGUGUAUACUUAAAGGUGUGUGUGUGGCUAGGCAUCUUAUUGUUCCUGUGAUUGCUUGCCUUGUACUGUUCCUAUGUUCUCCCAAUGCAGUCUUAUGGAUAAGGAACAUUUCCCCAGGAAUUCUGAACACUAUAUCUUUUGAAGUAUAGUUUCAAGCCAUGAGUAGCUAAAGAUGUGCACACAAGUUACAGUUGUUUAUUCAACUACUAAACUAGCCCCUGGGUACACACCACAGUGAGAUACACAAUGAAAGGUGCUACAACACUGUACUUGGUACUCGCAAAAGUCAUGAAUGUUAACAGCUGUUUUCAAGCAUGGCAGCUACAAAGUAAAAUAUUUUUGUAACUUCUGUUCUCAAGUAGAGGUUGACAUGAAAAUGAUAUAAUAAACUAUAACACUAUAAAA